AUGAUAAGGCUGCCGAGCGCGCUGCACACACCAACCGUGCGUUUGUUUCCUCUGUCAGCCACCAAGUGCCCAAAGAAGCAUCGCUCCGCUCCGAGCCAAACCAAGCCGAGCCGAGCCACGGCGUGCGUCUGUGCGCCCCCCGAAAGUCUCCCCCGCCUCCGCCACCGCCACCCCACCCUCGCCUCGCCUCGCCUCGCCGUCUGCGACCGCUGUUUUGUGGCAAUGGAGCCGUAACCAUCCUCAUCAGUGCGCUGAACUGUACCGAGCGAGCGAACUAGCGGCGGAGACAGCUGAGACCGAGCGGGCAUGGAGGAGAAGCGCAGGGAGGCUGGAGUCUAGACUGCACGCAGAUCAGAACACCAACCACUUGUCCGGAUUACUUUUUCGUGCAACGUUUGCUUUGAACUCUUUUAUUAGAAUUUAAAGCCAAGGAUUUUCUUUUUCUUGUCCGAUCAUCUGAGGCUUUCACUGCGCUACGAGGAUGCAGGGGAAGGAGGCGAGCGUUUGCACGGGAUGCUGGAGACUAACGCUGCUGUCGUGCGUCCUGGCUCUGCACUUGAUCCCGCCGUCCGUGCACGGUAAUGUUGCUGGGACCAAUGCCACUGAGCCGGGCAACACGGCCAAUGUCACCUUCCUGCUUAGCGAGGACGAAGGACCAGUCAAGGUGAACGAGGUCGUCGCCACAGUAACCGUGAUGAGCAGCUCAGCAGCUUCUGACUCAGUCAACACUGUGACUCCAAGGGCGGGACGAAUCCCACGUGCCGGCGAGGAAGAGGAGCAGAGCAGCGGCAUGUUUGGUGAAACGGUGGUUCCUACGGUGGAGGAGAUAGGCGUGGCUGCUCCACCCCAGCUUAGCCCUGAUUCAGCUGAGACAGAGCACCUGUUGCCCAGCAACCCACGCCAACAGGAAGUUGGGGAAGGUGAGGAGGAAGAGGAGGAGGAGGAGGAGCGUCUGCCACACACUGACCCACCCUGGAUCCAUGCCAAGGACACUGCUGUAUUUGACCUGGACCGCCUUUUCACCACCACUGCCCCGCCCUCGCCUUCCACUAACCCCUCCAGUCCUGAUGUCCUCCAUGUGGACUUCUUCGACCCCUCUUCUCGUGGGCGUGGCCUAGACCUAGCGCCACCUUCUCCUUCAUCACUAGCUCAUGAGCUGCAGGGUGGCGACGCAACCUCCUGGGCGAUGCCAGAAAACUACGACUACCUUACACCCUACGAGGACGGUGUGUCCCCCACUGCUGACGAGUACACCUACAGCACCACGACCGAUGCUUACGAAACUGACGAAGACCUACGACUGGCUGCUGGGCCCCCUGCUCGCUCCAGGCCUAGGAUCCCUGGGUCUGGCUCCUUCAACCCUGGGGCAGCACUUCCUGGUGUGGGACCUCCAGUACCAAACGUCCCUGUGGCAGCACCUCCAGCGGACUCCCCUAACGGAUGUCGUGUGGGCUACCAACUUGUAAAUGGAAGUUGCCGCUCUCCCUGCGACAUGCUGCCCAACUACUGCUUCAACGGAGGACAGUGCUACGUGAUGGACGGCACGGAAGUUUUCUGCAGAUGUAACGUCCAGGAUUACAUCUGGCACAAGGGUGCCCGCUGUGAGUCUGUGGUGACUGAGUUCCAGGUGAUGUGUCUGGCCGUGGGCGCCUCGGCUCUGGUGGUCCUGCUGCUCUUCAUGAUCAUCGUCUGCUUCGCCAAGAAACUCCACGUGCUCAAGACGGAGAACAAGAAGUUGCGCAAGCGCAGUAAGUACCGGCCUUCAUCGGAGCAGCACAAUGAUAAUUUCUCGCUGUCCACCAUCGCUGAGGGCUCCCACCCAAAUAAAACCAUGAGCAGAUACACCUGGGAGUGUAAGACCAAAGAGGAGUCCGACUGUGAGGAUGAUCCUAAUUCCCAGAACAAGCUGGAGGACCCGGUGAAGGCCCCGCCCAAGGAGGAUGACUCCCUCAACAUCCACAACUCUCUGACCCAACACGAGAACCACAAGGUCCUGGGAGAGGAGAACUCCUCGGAGGUAAACUCACUGCAGAACAACAUGAUGUGAAACAAAACAAAGAGCAGAACAACCCAGCAACCUGACAACACGACACCGAAAACGACAAUGUGCGCCGGCAGUGGGAGGCUACAAAAAUCCCUCCCUGCUCUAUGUCCAUCCGCUGCCAAGUGCGCCUAACCGGUCAACCAACCAACCAACCAACCAACCAACCAGCCUGCCAAUGUACCAGCCAACCAACACAGUCUGCAACCAACACGGCAACACUGCCACUGAGCGGCCUGAGUCGCUGCAAAAAAACGUACACCACAAUCACCACCGCCGCCGCUGUCACUGACCCCAGCUGAAAGUAACCCCGCCCCCUCCCGCCUCACCCUGCAGCCGCCUUGCAACACCCCCUUACAUUCAGUCACGCCCCUGUUUCGCAGCCCCGUCCCCCUUGUUGCUGUCACUCUACUCUCCCUUAUCUUUCUUACCUGCACACACAUGCACACACACAGACAUAAGACGCAUACACAUACUGUGAAAAAAUGAAGACAUAACCACGCUUAUAUGUAUACACACACACCUUCCCCUGCCUGCAUUGGUGUAUUUUGUAAAAAGAAAGAAAUCAUACAGAAGUUUUAAACGUACGUAAAACGUCAUUGUAAAAAAAAAAGUUAAGAUAAAAGCUACUGAGAGGUUUUUGAUGUUUGUCUGACUAAUCCAGUGAGUAUGUAUAAAUAUUGGAAAAAAAUUGCUUGGAUUGAUUCUAAAGAAGCAACACAAUGUGUCUUGGUUUUCAUUGAUGUGAUUUCUAAUCCUUUGAUGUACUUGUUUUUUUUUUGUACUUUUUUGGGACUUCGAACAGAGAAUAAACAAACAAGAUUCAGACAGUUGUUGAAAUAAACCUUUUUAACAUGA